CAUUUGGAUAGGUUAUAAAAUUAUUAUUCCGACGUUCCUUCAAACAAAUUUCGAAAAGUCUGCCUUUAUUAUCGUAAUUUAGCAUUAAAAGGGCUAUGUUAUAGCACUAUAGUUUCCUGAGUGUGGUUGGACAGUGUAAAAAGAAUGAUAACGCUAAACAAGAAGAUUAAAAAGGAGGGUUCCGAUCAUAGCAAUGGUAUCAGCAAUGAGACUUCGAAACGAAUAUCUGUGAGGGACAAACUGUUGGUGAAAGAAGUUCAGGAGAUGAAUGAGAACCUGCCGACGACCUGCGCUGUGACCUUCGAGGACCCGAACGUGCUGUGCGAGUUCACGCUGACGGUGGCGCCCGACGAGGGGUACUGGCAGGGCGGCAGAUUCCAGUUCAGUGUUUUCGUCACUGAAGACUAUAAUAUGGCUCCUCCUAAAGUGAAAUGUCUCACAAAGCUAUGGCAUCCAAAUAUCAAUGAGGAUGGAGACAUUUGCCUGUCGCUGCUCAGACAGACCUCCAUCGAUGAGCACGGCUGGGCACCCACUAGGAGAUUAAAGGAUGUAGUAUGGGGACUGAAUUCAUUGUUUACUGAUUUGCUGAAUUUUGAAGACCCACUAAAUAUAGAAGCUGCUGAACAAUAUAAAAAGGAUAAAGUUGAAUUUCAAGCCAAAGUACAGGAAUACAUCUCUCUGUCAGGAAAGAGAUGAAAGUUGUGAUAUGUGGUAUUUCUUAGUCAUUUUAUGAAAUAUGAUAGGAAAUGGAAAUUUUCUGUAUUUUUUGUUUUAUAAUGAUUUUUGUAACUGGGUUCACUAGGUGCUAGCAUCUGUCAUAUUUUAUUAUGUAUGAAGCAGACUUAUGAGUUACUGUGAUUUUAAUUUUGAAAAUGCAGUAUGCAAUGUUAUGCUCAUUAAAAAUUAAGAUCACAGUCGGAUGGCUAAUUCAACAUAAGGGCACCACUGACAUAACCUGAUAAAAUACUCUAAAGCAAUAAUAGCUUGUUCAAAAUAUACACCAAUUAUAUUAACAAUAUCAAUAAUUAAUAGAUAAAGUGUACUUAUAUAAUACAUAGUUCAAUUUAGUUAUUGCUAGGCCUUACAUUAUUAUCUAUCACAUGCCCACGAUAUUUUUAGCACAAGUUUUUAUCAAAUUCAUAAUAAAUUAUAUUUUGAUAAAUUGAAAUA